AUGGCGGCCUCGGGGUUGUCGGCGGGGUCCUGCUCCUCCUCCUCCGUGCUGGGGGGUCCCGGGGGGGCGGCGCCGUCGGGGCGGCUGGUGCUGGAGACCCUGGCGGGGCUGCUGCGGGGGGGCGCGCAGGCGGGGGGGGGCCCGGAGACGACGCCAGGCCUGGCCGGGCUGCUGCGCUGCGCCAGGGAGGCCGGCGGGGGAGGGGGCGCCCAGGUGAGAGAGAGAGAGAGAGAGAGGGACCCCCCCGGGGGGAGGGGGGAGGGCAGCGGCAACAACACUCCGGGGGCGCCACUCCCCCCACCCGGGCCCCCCCGACCCAGAAUGGCCUUUCCCCCGGGGGGGGCCCGGCGCCCCCAAAUACCGUCUCGGCCUUGCUUCCCAGUGACCCCAAGGGAGGGUGGGGGGGAGGGGGCGCCCAGGUGAGAGAGAGAGAGGGACCCCCCCGGGGGGAGGGGGGAGGGCAGCGGCAACAACACUCCGGGGGCGCCACUCCCCCCACCCGGGCCCCCCCGACCCAGAAUGGCCUUUCCCCGGGGGGGGGGGCCCGGCGCCCCCAAAUACCGUCUUGGCCUUGUUUCCCAGCGACCCAAAGGGAGGGUGGGGGGGGAGGGGGCGCCCAGGUGAGAGAGAGAGGGACCCCCCCGGGGGGAGGGGGGAGGGCAGCGGCAACAACACUCCGGGGGCGCCACUCCCCCCACCUGCCCCCCCCGGACCCAGAAUGGCCUUUCCCCCGGGGGGGAGGGGCCUGCGCCCCCAAAUACUGUCUCGGCCUUGCUUCCCAGUGACCCAAAGGGAGGGUGGGGGGAGCAUCCCCUUGGCGCCUCCUUCUCAGGGCGGGGUCCCCAGGGCGCCCCUCGGUCUCCUGAGCAUGAGCAGAGUGCCUCCCCUACCCAGCGCUGCUCUCUGAGCGGGUCCCUUUGUCUCCCUCCAGGCGUCGCCCACCCUGGGGGGGCUGGUGAGCCUCAGCAACACCCGCCUGGGCUCCAUCAAAACCCGGUGAGUAGCUGCCUCUCUCCUUCCCCCCCACAAUGCCCCCAGGUGCUGUGGACUUGCAGAUUUUGGGGCAGUCCUUGGUCCUGGAUUCUGGAGCUGCCAUUCCUGCCUGGCAAGGGGUUGGGAUAGAUGACCCUGGGGGUCUCUUCUCACUCUACCCAUUUGGCGGCAGGGGUCUUGCGGCACCACUCCAAAACCGGCGCAUCGCUGUCGCCCAUGGGCCCUCGGGGGGACCCACAGGUGUCUCAGAAUGGGGACCCAAGGGGGCAUCUAGUCCAACCCCACCACCCGCAGGCUACCGGGACUUUUUCUCUUGACAUCAUCGUCUGGCCGGGGGUUGGUUUGGAUGACCCUUGGGGACCCCUCCCAGCCCUCCAGUGCUCUGAUUCUGCCCUGCUUCUUCUUCCCCCUGCAAAGGUUUGAGGGCCUCUGCCUCCUCUCCCUGCUGGUGACAGAGAGCUCCACCGAAGCCUUCAGCCAGAACUGCCUGGGAUGGCUGCGCAGCCUGCAGCACCUCAUUCAGGUGAGGGGGGGCGCCAGUGCCCCCCACCCUCUUUGCCUCCCCCCAGGCCCAAGAGCUCCACAGCUGCACCCACCUUUCUGGGCCCAGGAAGGCUGGGUGGCUCGGAUGUUUUGGGUGCCUUAAUUCUCCUUUUGGGUGGGAGGUGUUAGAUGAGGAAGGCUGCCCCCCCACUAACCUCAUUUCCUUCUCCUCCCCCCUCAAGUCUCAGGAUCCGCCCCCCACGAUGGAGCUGGCCGUCCUCAUCCUCCGUGACCUGCUGGAGUAUUCCUGCCAGAUCCCUGAGCUGGCACGAGACAUUGGCACCAACCACAUUCCGGGGCUGCUCACCUCCUUGCUGGCUCUCAAACCCGAGGUGAGACCCCCAACCCGCCCUGGUUGGGGAACUGGGGGUGGCCUGCACCCCCCCCCCCCGGCCCCAUGUACAUGUCUGAAGGCAUAAAACAAAACCCACAAAUUGAAUGAGUGAAUAUUGUUUAGUAUGGCAAAACAGCCAGCUUGGUAAAACCAGAAAUUCAACAUAAUUUUUACAUAAAUAUUAAAACAGUCAAAAUGGAAUGUAACAAUCAAUGAGCUAAUUAAAUAGAUGCAACCCCCAUAAUGUGACUCCCCCCCCCUUACGUAAGAACGUCAGAGCCUGGCUGGGUGAGGUUCCAGUGGCCAGAGACCUCUUCACACCGAGGGGUUGAAGUAGACUGCCUCUGCAGCUGGAGGCUCCAUAAGGACAGAAGAGCCUGGCUGCUGGGUCAGGCAUAGGCCACAGCGGCCAACCAAGUGCCCAUUAUGGGAACCCCGGACUCAGGAUUCGAAUGCAAGAGCAGCUCCCCAUCCUGCGUGUUUCAGUAUCUGGUGUUUAGAAGCAUUUAUUGGCCGUGGAGGCAGAGCACAGCCACCAGUAGCCCUCUUCUCCUCCACAAAUUUGACCAGUCCUCUUCUAUUGGGGGGGGGGCAUCUCUGCCUCUUGUGGCGGGGAGUUCCGCAGUUCAACAAAGAAGGGCUUCCUUUGAUCCCUCCUGGAUCUCCCCGCAUCUGGCUUCUCUGGCUGUCUCCCACCGGCUCUGGUGUUACAAGAGAGGAAACUUUUAUCUAACCCUUUUCUCUUUUCUGACCCCCCCUUGCCUCCCCCGGGACUCUUCCUAGUGCCAGAUUUCCACCCUGGAAGGAAGCAAGGCCUGCAUGAUGUUUUACCCCAGGGCAUGUGGCUCUUUGCGGGUAAGUCUUCUGUUUUGGGGGGGCAGAGGAGCAGCACUGGGUUGCAGAAUCCCCACUGACCCCUCUCCCCCCUUUACUUUCUGCCCCCCAGGGCAAACUGGCGGCCUAUUUCCUGGCCCGUGUGGAUGCAGAGACGCCCCACCUGCAACAGGUAAAAACCAACCUCUCUUGCCUUCCCUUCCGCUGUGCAGGGACCUCUGCCUUUUGUUUUAAACUGGGAAAGUCCCCUGGGGGCAGGGGGGUGGUUGUGGGACCUGGGAAGAGCCCCAGAGCAGUUGGCUCAGGCCAGAGGGGCCCCGAAUCCCGGUCCCCCCACACCUGGCCGACCACGUGCCCCCAAGGGGAAGAAUCCCACCAGCAGGGCCUGAAUAACCGUCAGAAGCUUCGUAGUUAUUUUAUAAUUCAUAUUUCUAUAGCCCGCCUUCGCUCCCCAAGCUGGCGUGUGCAGCUCCCCCACUUUAUCCCUAUAACAACCCUGUGAGGUAGGCCAGGCUGAGAGAAGCCUGUGACUGGCCCCCAAAGUCACCCCCGCCAAGCUUCAAAGCAGGGGGGGGGGGCUUGAACCCGGCUCUCCCAGGCCCUAAAUGUCAUUGAAUCCCCAAGAGAACGCUGUGAGGUGGGGAUUUGAACCCAGGACUCCUUGGGAUCCCGCCCCCCUUUCCCCUUGUGGGCUGCCCCACUGAUGCUCUGCCUCCUCCUCCUCCUCCCCCCAGCUGGCCUGCGACUGCUACGCCCUCCUGCCCUCCCUGGGCGCCGGCUUCACGCAGGGGCUGAAGUACACGGAGUGCUGGGGGCAGCAGGCCCACUGCCUCCUGGCCACGCUCCACAGCCUGCUGGGGACGCUCUACGAGGGAGCAGAGACAGGUGCGUCUCCUCAGACUUUGAACGUUGAUAUUGCUCUUACUUUGGGGGGGGGGGUUAGCAGGGCUCGGAAUUUGCCAGGCGCAUUUGGCACCUGGCUGUCGGCUACUUGCGACGAUGGUGCCUUGACAUCGCCACCCUUGGGGGGUCCUUGGAGCCGGACUGUUUUCACACACUACCACACACACAGCCUGUAGAAUUCUCUCAGUUCUAUUUCAUCUGCACAAUCGGAACGAAUUUCAAGAACCAAAGUGCUUUUUCUGUGCAGCCUGAGCAGGAGCCGCAAACAACUAGUUAAUUGUUAAUUGUUGUCAUAGUUGUCAUAGUUAAUUGUUGUCGCUAGUUUUUAGCGGUUCUUAUUUUUAUCUGUAAAAUAAGGGAGGAAGGUGGGAUAUAAAUAUUAUUAUUAUUUUAUUACAUUUAUGUACCACACUUCAUCGUAAGAUCUCAGGGCAGUUCAUAGAAUAAAAUGCAGGAUAAAAACAAGUCAAUAAGUAAAACAAAACAGCAAAACAGUAACCUCCCCCUUUCCACAGACUCAUUUAAAUAGCUGUAAAAUACGUUUUCGCCUGGCGCAUAAAAAUUUAUUAUUAUUAUUAUUAUUAUUAUUAUUAUUAUUAUUAUUUGUACCCCGCCCAUCUGGCUGGGCUUCCCCAGCCACUCUGGGCUGCUUCCAACAAAGAUUAAAAAUACAUUAAAAUGUCACACAUUAAAAACUUUGCUGAAUUUAUUUAGUUAUUAAUAAAACAUAAAAAAUUGCAGAUAAACUGGUCCCAGAUUUCGAAGGCUUUCUUGUACCAAUAGCAACACCUUGAACUCAGUUCAGCUGCAAAUUUGCAGGCAGUACAGAUGUUCUCUAUCGAUAAGACCUCCCUCCCAUCAGCAAUUGUGCUGCAGUAUGCUGCACCAACGGCAGCUUCCGGAUCAAGCGCGAGGGAAGCCCCACAUGGGGGGAGGGCGCAAACCAAGCCCCAGCCCCAGCCAGGAGGCUCUUGUUUUGCAGCGGCCAUAUUCCCAGCAGACCUGCUCACGUCAUGCGCCCCGCCAGCUAAUUUGAGGGCGGGGCGUCUCCUGCCCUUGCGGGAGCAAUUAAGAUAAGUGCUUUGUUGACGAGCCGAUUGGACGUGUUGUGCGGAGCCCACAUAACGGAAACAGGACCAGUGAUGGAUGUUGACAGCGGAGGAGACGGGCCAAAUCCCAGACCGCCGUCCCGUUGCGUGAUCAUUGCGUUUCAGCCCGUUUGCCUGUCUCCCCCAAAUUCCCCUUUCCUGGCCGUCUGGCUGCAGCUGGAAGCAGUGGCCUCCCAUGGGAAGCCCAAGGAACUCCUUCCCCAGAGGAAGAGCGAGCAAAAGUCUGGGCCGUUGCCCUGCCUUCCUCCAUUGCGGGGGUUGGACUAGAUGACCCCUGGCAUCCCUUCCAUGAUUCUAUAUAAGCAACAGUCCUUAAGUUUCCACUCAGCGUGGUAUAAGUUGUUCUCCCAUGAACAGCGCACUAAACCCUCUGCUCCACAGAUAAAUAUGUGGACAGAUAUUAUUGAGAACUUAAUUGACUCCCCCCUCUCUCUUUUUUCCUUUUCUUUUCAUUUAUGAUAGUUGAGUGCAGUAUUGUAUUCUCAGUUGAUUUCUGGGUCUUCCUCCCCAUUGUGUCUCCAUUUUAUUUAAUUUAUUUCUAUAUGCUUUUUUUUAUUGGCUGCGCUUAUGACUUUUACUGUAUUGUCUUUGACAGUGUUUUUCAAACUUUUUUGGGCAAAGGCACACUUGUUUCAUGAAAAAAAUCACGAGGCACACCACCAUUAGAAAAUGUUAAAAAAUUUAACUCUGUGCCUAUAUUGACUAUAUAUAAAGUAAUUCUCUUGAAUAGGAAUCAAAUAAACACAAAGAAAGUAUUUUAUAAUUACUUUAUUAUGAAAUAAUAAGUAAACAGAAAUAUGAAAAAUACUUUAUAUAAAAUACUUUAUUCAGUGCGCAACCUGGGCCUGUUUGGCUGAACACAAAGCUGAUAUUCUGGCUGGAAUCGAGGAAAGACACACACGUAGCUCUUCGUCAACAGCUCUCAGUCUCUCUCUGUAUUUAGUUUUUAUAGCAAUCAUGCUUGAAAAGCUCAUCUCACACAGAUAUGUAGUGGAAAAUGGGAGCAAUGUCAAAAUAGCUCUGUUUGCCAGAAGGGGGAACUCCUUGGCAGUAUCCAACCAAAAACUGUCCAAAGGUAGAUCAGCAAAUCUUAGCUUGAAACCACAAUUUUGUCUCAGUUCAGUUAGUUCCUCCUGCUCCUGUAAAGUCAUGUCCUUUCCACCAACUGAUGCUGAGCUAUAAGGGUCCCUAACCCAGUCAAGGCAUUCAGUGGAGACUGAAAAGAAAUAAAAUGACAACGUCUCCGGUCCUCCUGGUGACUCGAGUCGCGACGUCUUCUUCUCUCCGCUGCUGCGCACACUGUGCUCGGGCGGGAAGGAAGUCGGAAGAUGGUGUCCUACUGUGAUAGGUCCAGGCUGGAGUCUGGACCAAUCACAGCCCGGACAUCAGAAAAGUGGAGGGUGUCCCCCUGAGGAGCGCCAAUCGGCGCCCCUGCUGGCUGAGGGUGGGGUCAAACCCCCCCCCCAUACCCAGGACACAGUCCGGCGCCCGCCUAGUGGGCGAAAAUUUGAAAGUUUUUUUUUUUUUAUCUUUCGAAUUUUUCCCACGGCACACCAGGCAACAUCUCUAGUGUGCCGCGGAACAGUGGUUGAAAAACACUGGUCUAUGAGCUUGUAUUAAUAAAAUUAAAAAAUUAAAAUACUGUCCUUGUGGUCCAGUAUUUUAAAAGAGCUUGCAGUGGCUCUCCUACCAUCUUUUCUGGGGGGCAUCUUUUAAUUGCAAGAAGCACCCUCUUACCUCAGUCUAAGAGAGCCAAGCAAUAUAUCCAUAUAUCAUCCAAAACUGGUUUGAAGCCCAUAUCGUGAUAUAGGUUUCGCAGUUUUUGACCUGGUAAUAUAUCACAAAUCCUGGUAUGUGUUAUGCAAAAAUCACAACGAAGGAGAAACCGUGAAGCCGGUCGGUACCUCUACAUAGCGCCAUCUAAGUGUCAGAGAUCGUGAUGCAAUGCAACAGUAUUGCAAUGUUUAGCUGGGGAUGUACCGCGAUGUUGAAAACCAGAUACCGCCCAGCCCUCAAGCUCUUACUUGAGAUCAAAGAUUCUUUGGGCAACAUGUUCUUAAUUUUUGUUCCUUAUCGGCACUCUAAAUGAGCAUCUUAGACCAGGGCAGUCUGACCUCUCAGAUCGCAGAACCCACAAGCCACAUGCUGAAUUAAAUUUCCGUACUGUGAAUGGAAAGGCCUGCCAUAUAUUUAACAUACGCGAUUCAUAUACUUAAUUAAAUAUAUAUCAUUAAAUAGAGUUCGUAGAUAUAACGUAUUUAAACUGAACUAAUACACAGGUGUGUUUGGCUAUAGGUCGGAAUACAGAUUUAAUAAGUAAAUAUGCACAAAAAACAAAUGUUUAAGUGCUUUAAGAUGUUUCUUCUUGAAUGUUGCCAAGUGCUGCACAUUGGACCACCUUGCGGGCCACUUUAGAGCUGUCCUUUGUUCUGCAGGUUGGGACAGAUGACCUUUGGGGGUCCUCUUCCACCUAUGCAACCGGACCUGAUGGGUUCUCUCUCCCCCAUUCCUCCUUCUCCUCCAGAUCCCCUGCACUACGAAGGGCCUGGCGUGGAAAUCCUGCUCCCGACCCCCGAAGAUGGAGAGGUGAACUUCAUCCUCCGCCUGAAGCAUCGCUUCUCCGGACUGGCCAAAUGCCUCUGCCAGAUGCUCAGGUCAGGGGCCCCUCUCCCCCCCCCCCGCCUUUCCAGCCUUGCCGCUGUACUUGAGACCCCCCUCCCUCUAAAACAAGCACUUCAUUUGCCGCUCCAGUAACGACUUUGUGGCUCCCGUCUCCGUCCCAGUUCAAGACAUCCUGGACCUCGUUUGCCGCGCCCUCAACAUCUCCACAAAGAACAUCGUGAGUAGCCAUGGGGGCAGCGUUGGGGUCAGGGUGGGGCGGGCAGGUCCCCGAGCCGAGGGGGCACACAACUGAGAAGAUCCACUGUGGAGAAGAACUCUUCUGGGGGUGCCCAGUGCCUCAUUCAGGGCAUCGUAGUACCAAAGAUGACCAGAGUCUGUCCCUGCAAGAGGCUGGCAGUGCCUGUCUCAGCAAAGCCCCUCUCGGCUGCUCCUGUGCUUAUUUUGGCCCCAGAAUCAUCAUCAUCAUCAUAAUUAUAAUUAUUAAUUAUACCCUGCCCAUCUGGCUGGGCCUCACCAGCCACUCUGGGCGGCCUCCAACAGAAUAUUAAAAUACAAUAACCUAUUAAACAUUAAAAGCUUCCCUGAACAGGGCUGCCUUCAGAUGUCUUCUAAAAGUCUGGUAGUUGUUCUUCUCUUUGACAUCUGGUGGGAGGGCGUUCCACAGGGCAGGUGCCACUACCGAGAAGGCCCUCUGCCUGCUUCCCUGUAACUUGGCUUCUUCAGAGAGGGAACUGCCAGAAGGCCCUCGGCGCUGGACCUCAGUGUCCGGGCUGAGCAAUGCGGGUGGAGACGCUCCUCCAGGUCUACUGGGCCUUUGAGGCCGUUGAGGGCUUUCAAGGUCAGCACCAACACGGAAGAACUUUCGAGCUGGGAGAGCCCCCCAGGGCUCAUCUAGCUCAACCCCCCGCAGUGCAGGAACCUCAGCUAAAGCAUCCAAGACGAUGGGCCUCUUCGCUUCUUCUGGAAAGCCGCCAAGGAAGGGGAGCCCCCCUCCCUCCAAGGGAGCCCCCUCCCCUCUCAAACAGCUCCUUCCGUCAGGAAGUGCUUAGUAGGGACCUCCUCCUUCCUUCUAACCUGGACCAAAGAGGUGCUGGAGGAGAGGGCAUCGUAAAGAUUAAAUGAAAAAUGGGGCUUGUUUGUUAUUGGAAGGUAGAAUUCCAGGGCAAGGGAAGCCCCUAUGUUGUUUUAAUUCCUCCCUCUAAUUUGACCUUUUGUGUCCAGUGCAGUAGCAAACAGGUGUGCUCCUUGAAUAGCUGUUUUGUACAUGGAUGCAUGCUUUAUUUAUUUAUGGGGGAGGAAAUAUAAAUGACUUACAAGCUGACAUUUAAGGAAUAACAGAGUAUAGCAGAAUUAUAAUUAUAUGUUGCUGUCAUACGUUAAUGCCAUAUGCAUAUGUGUACGUAAAACCCACAUAUAUACAUGUUACAUUGUCAAAAUAAUUAUUAUGAGAAUUGUUGUUUCUUUUGUAAUGGGUUUAUUUUUUGCAAUGGGCGUGUGUGUGUGUGUGUGUGUGUGUGUGUAUACAUAUACAUAUACACCACACACACACACACACAUAUAUAUAUAUAUAUAUAUAUAUAUCGCUUGAAAACUUAUCCCUUAAGGCAGUGAUGGAGUGAUGGCCAAACUUGGCCCUCUGGAUGUUUUGGGACUACAAUUCCUAUCAUCCCUGACCACUGUUCCUGUUAGCUAGGGAUGAUGGGAGUUGUAGAUCAAAAACAGCUGGAGGGCCAAGUUUGGCCAGGACUGCCUUAAGGGAUCAUGAAGAUUAGUAGAAUUGUUGUUUACUGCUAUGCCUAUGCCUGUGGCUAUUGCUAUUAUUAUUACUGCGUACAGUAAUGCUAGAAAAAAUAAUGCAGCCUAGUAGACAGAUUCAUCCAGUGACCUUGGUCACUUUAUAAUGGGGGGGGUGGGAAGUGGGGGGGUGCUGCUCCCUUCCGCCCCUGACCCCCCCUCCCUUCCAGAGCUGGUUUGGUGACGGCCCCCUGCGGAUGCUCCUCUUGCCCUCCGUCCACCUGGAGACCCUGGACCUCCUUUCGGCGCUCAUCUUGGCGUAAGUCUCGGGGAGGGGAGAGGGCGUUGGGAACCCCCACCGGGCUCCACACCCCCAGCCCUGGCUGUCCCUUCUCUGACGCCCCCCUCCUCUCGCUUUCCCUUUGCAGGUGCGGCCCCCGCCUGGUGCGCUUUGGGGCCACCCUCGGCCGCCUCUUCCCCCAGGUCCUGACCACCUGGAGCAGCGGCCGAGACCUCUUCCCCCCCGGGCAGGAGCGCCCCUACAGGUAUGUGGGGAGCUGAGGAAGGGGGGCCCUUGCUGCUCUGGGCCAAUGUGUGCCACCACCCCCGGGGGGGGGCCUAGAGAAGGAGGGAGCAAGGCAGCGUGUUCGUGGUUCUCCCCACAACAGCCCUGCGAGGGAGUUUCGGCUGAGAAGCACCUGCCAGCCCUUGAGGUCUCCCAGGGCACAUCACAGCCAAGAUGGGGGAGCUGGAAGGCGACGCCACCCUGUCUCUCCAGAAAGCUGCCUCCCCCCCCCCCAACAGCACCAGCUGUUGCCUCCCCUGCUUAGUCCAGCAUUAGCGACGCCCCUGCAGGGUUGCCAGGGUCAGGCCUUCCUCUCUCUCGGCCUCUCCUCCUUUCUUGGAGGUCAAGUGCCCCCCUGUCCGGGGUUCUCUAGCUGCGAUUCCCGGGUUCCAGGGGGUUGGGCUGGAUGACCUUUGGGGCCCCCGUCCAAUUCUGCAUUGCCAUGAAGCCAGCCCCGGGUGAGGUGUGGGGCCUGCCAGGCUGUCCCCUCCUCCAGCUCCUCUUCCUUCCUCCUCAGUGCGGUGCGGACUCGGCUCUACGAAGUCCUGGAUCUGUGGGUCCAGUCGGCUGGGGCGGCCUGUGGCAUCCUGCAGGGACCCAGGACCCAGAGCGAGGCCCUGCUGGGUCACCUGAUCAGCGACAUCAGCCCCCCGGCCGACACCCUCAAGGUGAGCCGCCCCCCCCCCCCAUGAAGAAAGAAGUAUUGGAAAGGGAAAAGAAAAUGAAGGACCACGAGGCGCAGCAGGAAAUAUUGUUGAACCGAGAGUGGAGCUGAUAGUUUGUUGUACUGACUUGACUGGUAGUUUUAAAUAAUUAUAUUUUCAUCUAGUGCAUGGAAAAUAUUCCUUCUUUUGUAAUUUUUGCUAAUAUUUCCCCUUUUCUUCUUUCUUUCUUUCUUUCUUUCUUUCUUUCUUUCUUUCUCUCUCUCUCUCUCUCUCUCUCUCUCUCUCUCUCUCUCUUUUCCUCUCCCUUUAUCUCUUAUUUUCUUCUGCUUCUUUUCCUUGUUUAGCAUCUUAGGUAGCUGCAAUCUGGUUGUAUUAGGAGAAAAUCUCAAAUUGAAAUUUGAUACGAAUGAAGUAUUUUAGCUGCGCUGAUGAAUUCUCUCCCCCACCCCUCCCUCCUGGCCUCCGGUUUAAGGCCUCUCUCCCUCUUUUUAAAAUAAUAACAACAAUAAUUACUAUUUUGUCAUUUGUACCCCACCCAUCUGACUGGGCUGCCCCAGCCACUCUCUGUGGCCUCCAGCAACUAUAAAAGUGUAAUAAAACAUCCAAAACUUCCCCAUCCCCUUCUCUCUCUGCCCCCGUCCAGAUGCGGGACAGCCGGCCGGCCUCAGACCUGAAGCCCAGCGCCCCCAAGAAGCCCAAGCUGUCUGACCUGGGCACUUUGGGGUCCCUGCACCCCAAGCAGGACUCCCAGGCCAACAGCAGCACCUGCCUGGCUGCUUUGCGAGGUAAGGAAACCUGUAGCUCAGCAGCGGGGUGGAGAGGGGGCCGGGCCUGGGGCUCUGCUUCCUCCAGUCCCACUCACCCCAAACUCACACCCCCCACUAAACUCUUCUCUCCCUGCCCCCCAGGCCUGAGCCGUGCCGUCCUCCUGACCGGAAGCCUGAUGAAGGAGCAGGUCCACAAGGUGAGGGGGCUGUGGGGCAGCCCUGGGGAUCCUGGGGGUCUGGGCUGCCAGGCAAGGGGGUGGGGUGGAGUGCCAGUCCUGGCGGCCGAGCCCGGCUCUUGGUUUCCGGAGAGAGCCUUCCCCUUGCAGCGCCGUGGUGCUUGGCCGGUGGCGUCUCUGCCCCAAGGAGCUUUCAGGGCGGGAAAAUGAGACGGAGAGGUUUGAGGAAGACAAGGAGAAGGAGAAUUUCAAAGGAGAUCUGUGAUCACUAUUACUAUGUUCGAAUCUGUUUGUUGAUUUCAGUCCUGUUGAAUGUUGUAAAUAGUUCCUUAAAUCAAUGGCUAUUUUAUUCUCUUUGUGAAGCUGCUUCGGGGUUGACUUGAAAUAAAUAAGCUGACCAACUGCUUUGUUGUUGUGGGGUUUUUUGGUCAUGACAACCUGAAGCGCCUUUUUUAAUUGUUAAAUUUAUAUCCCUCCCUUCGUUGGAGAGACGAGAGGGCAGCUUCCAGCAUAAAACACAAGAUACAGGAUAGAAUGAUAGUCAGAGCAGGGCAGGGAGUCUGUUGGUUGACCGUCUGCCUCCUUUCCCUCAUGGUGGGGGCUAGGGAACCCCCGUUCCGCCAGGAGGAUCCCCCAGACCGUCUUGCAUGUCCCCCCAAAGCAACUUCUUUUGAUCUUCUUCCUCCCCACAGAGGCUGCAGGAGCUGGUGGUCCCUCUGCUCAUCCGACUGGGUCAGGCCGAGACCCCCCUGGGGUCCCCCUACGCCAGCGCCCCCUGCCGCAGGGAGCUGCACCGCCUCCUGCUGGCGCUGGUGCUGGCCCCCCCACCCUCCUGGCCGCCCCCUUUCCACUGCGCCCUCCGCUUGUUCAGCCAGGGGCGCGCCGACCCCAACCUCCAGGUGAGUCAGUCUCUCUCUCUCUCUCUCUCUUUUCCCCCCAACACCCACUUGGGGUUUGGCCCAAAGGGCAGCUGGGGAGCAGGGCAGGAAGGGAAGAGCCCCCUCCUCACAUUGGGCAUCUCUCCCCACCCCCUGGAGGGCCUAGUCUCUGCACAGCAAGUAGACUGCCUCACAGCCUGGAGGGUCCUCCUUCGCCAGCCCAUCCGUCCAUCCUCCUCUCCUCCUUCGCCAGUCCUGGAGGCGGGAAGUCAACCCACUGGCUGGGCCCUGUUUCCUAAAAGGAUUGCUUUACUUUAUUCAUAAAUAAUACGGGGUGGUUUUUAAUGUUUUGAGUUUUUAGUGUGUUAAUAUUCUGUUGAAAGCCGCCCAGGAGUGGCUGGGGCAACGCAUUCAAAUGGGCAGCAUAUACAUAAUACAUGGGAAGCUCGGAAAAUUAGAAUAUCGUGGGAAAGUUCCUUUACUUCAGUAAUUCAACUUAAUUGGUGAAACUAAUAUAUGAGAUCGACUCACGACAUGCAAAGCGAGAUGUGCUUCUACUUCUCAGGGGUCCAGUCUUGCUCAAUUUGCAAUCCUUGUUUUGCUGAUUUCCUUGAAUAUUCUCAUUUUCUGAGAUUGUUAAUUUGGGGUUUUCAUCAGCUGUACACCGUGAUCAUUGCAAUGAUAACAAAUCAAGGCUUGACAGAUCUCGCUUUGCAUGUCACGAGUCUAUCUCAUUUAUUAGCUUCACCUUUCAAGUUGGAAUACGGAAAUCAAGGAACUUUUCCACGAUAUUCUAAUUUUUUGAGUUUCACCUGUAAUAAUACUAUUAUUAGAAAGUAAACCAAGGUAAGGCAGUAACUGCUACAGUUGGUUGGAAGCAGCUUAAGGUUGGGCUCGAUCCUUGAGUUUGUUGCUCCAGAGCAGCACAGAAAAGGCCCACUCCCCCCCCCCCCAAGCCUGUGGGGCUGCUGCUUUAGUAGGUUUUCUUUUGCAAGAAGGUGGGGGUGAGUUGUAGCUGCCGCAAAGCCAGUUUCCUCCCUCUCUUCAGCUAGAGUAGGAAAUGGCCUUUUCUCCCAUUCGGAACCAUUUACCGUGUUUUUCGCUCUAUAAGACGCACCAGACCACAAGACGCACCUAGUUUUUGGAGGAGGAAAACAAGAAAAAAAAUAUUCUGAAUCUCAGAAGCCAGAACAGCAAGAGGGAUCGCUGCGCAGUGAAAGCAGCAAUCCCUCUUGCUGUUCUGGCUUCUGGGAUAGCUGCGCAGCCUGCAUUCACUCCAUAAGACGAACACACAUUUCCCUUUACUUUUAAGGAGGGAAAAAGUGAGUCUUAUAGAGCAAAAAAUACGGUAUAUGUUAGCCGCAGCAAUGAGGUUGAGCGUUAUUUCUCGUUCAUUUUCCAGAAUAACAUUUUUUGGAUAGCAAGGUAGAAAAUAUCCUGGCAUGUCAGAUAUAUUGGCCUGCACUGAUUUCUGGAAUAUUUCUCUUUGGGAACAAAUCCAAAGGACAUGUGCGUCCUCUGCUUUAUUUAAUCCGGGUCUCCAGCAUUUGUCUGAUCUUGACUGGCAUAUUGAGUUCAGUCUAUACGCUGCUCAAAUACCAUUCAUAGGCAGUUUUGAAAUAGUUCUCCUUUAGCCCCAGCUCCCGGGAUUUCCUGGCUAUUCUCUGGCCUGAAUCUCCCCCCACCCCAUUUUCUCCUCUAUGUGUCCUGGUUCUGAUCUAAGCUCAACCCAAAACUCUUCCUUUUAUGCAGAUGGGAGAUACAUUUCCCAUUUGUCCUCUCCCUCCAUUUCCCCGUAUCUGUGCAUCAGAAAGGAGAUCGCACCUCUAAUCGUACUGUAAUUAUUUGCAUAGUUUUAAUGGGUGGGUGUAUAGCUUUAAUUCUGUGGAUGUUUAAUCAUUUUUUAAUUGUUGUUUCUCCCCCACCCCCUUAAGUCUUCAGCCUGCUCUUAUUUUUAUCUGCUAAAUGAAAUUGAGUUCCGUUAGAUAUAAAUAACUAUAUCAUGUAUAAAUAAGGAUAUAACAUAAUCUGUGUUUUGUGCUUUCGUCUUGUAUUUUUAUGUUGUGGACUGCCCUGAGAUCAACGGAUGGAAGGCGGUUUGCAAAUUACAAAUUUUAAUAGUAAUAAGAAAAAUGCAAGAAUGAAAAUAAUGAAAACAAUUUGGCCUUUAUUUUUCUCCUCCUCUUCCUCCCUCCGCAGGUCUCUUCCUUCUGCACAGAGGCCCUGGCUGUCUGCAACGCCCUCCUGCACCCCCGUGUGCCCUCCCUGCAGCUCCCUCUGGCCGCCCCCCCGGGGGGUCCCCAGGCCCCCCCUCCGGGCCCCUCGGAGCUCUCCCCCGCCCUGGCCUCGCCCUUCCGCCCGGCGCCCCCAGCCCCCUUCUCGGCCCCCCGCCUCCUCCUCCCUCCCCCCGCCUCCUCGGCAGCCAAUCCCCUGGGGCUGCCCCCCCCUGGCCUGGCCUCCCCCGCCCAGCUGCCCCCCCGCCUGGCCCCCGAGGAGCCCUCCCUGCCCACGUCCCCCGGGGCAGCCGAGGCGGCUCUGGGAGCCAAGCUGCGCCGCUCGGUCUUCGUCCACUACGACAAGGAGGAGGAGGAGGACGUGGAGAUCUCCCUGGAGAGCGACUCGGACGACUCGGUGGUCAUCGUGCCCAAGGGGCAGCUCGGCAAGGGUCCCGGGAGCGCCAUGGUCGUGGCGGCCAUCGCAGCCCAGGCCCCCACCCCGCCCGCUCCUCCGCCAGCCCCCCCUGCACCCCCUUCCCCCCCACCAGCCUCCGAGGAGACCCCUCCGGAGCCGCCCGCCCCACCCCUCUCCCUGGGUGUGCCCCUGCCCCCUGCCCCCGCCGCUGUCCUGGCGCUGCCCGCCUCCCCUUCCCCCGCGGCCAUGGACCCCCCGUUCCCCGCCUUGGUGGAGGAAGACCCCACCGUCAUCAACAUCAACAGCAGCGAGGAGGAAGAGGAUGAUGAAGACGACUACCCGGAGGACGAGGAAUACUUUGAAGAGGACGAGGAAGAGGUGCACUGGGGAGGCAGGGGCCGGUCAGACGGGCGGCAUGUUAAUUAUUUUUAUUAUGAUGGCCAGGCAGCGAAGAGGCAGGACUUGUGGGGCGGGAGGUGCUGUGACCCUGUGGGUCAAAUUCAUCCCUGCUUUCCCCCCUGGGGUAAGAACUUCGCCACCACCGGGACAUUACCCAGGUGAAGGGAACACCUUGAAAUAAAACACAGAACCGAGGAAAUAAGUCCAGCAGCCCCGUUAGGGACCCGGUUUAUUAUCUGCUCUUGCAGUAGGACAGAGCUCAACUUAACAGAGCUUAUAUAGUAGCUGCAAACGGGUCACACGCAAAUAGCCAUAAAACAUCAGACAUGUUUCUACGUUCAUUGAGAAAGGUUGCAGGUCAUGGGAUGUAAAACACGCCUGGCUCCAUACCUGUCUCUGCUCCCCCCAAGUGCUCAGGCUGUUUGGGUCUCAGUUGUCGCCCUUAGCAGGCCUUGGGCAGCCCCACUCCACUUCCCUCGUCCCUGGGGAAAUCUCGGGAAGCUUCAAGAAGAUGCUGGAUUGCCAGCUUGAAACAGACUUAGGAAAGCAUCACCAUUGGCUGUUUCUGCCACUUUGGGGGUUAGAUAGCAAUUUUAGUUUAUGGCCUAGAGAGCACAAGGGUUGUAAAAUGUCGACACACAGGAGCCUCACAGAAGUCAUUCCCUGAUGGAUUUCAUCUUGAGGUUAAAUGCCGUUCAUUUUGAAAUAUUGUUUUUAAAAUCAAAAACAGACACCUUUGGUCUCUAAUGUUGACAUCACUCCCAAGCCCCAGCUGUCAGCCCCACACCUGACAGGUGAAGAGAGGGCUUGCUCUGGGCCCCGAGUAGGGGUUGCGGGAUGAGGGCAAGGGGUCCCUUUGCAGCCAUGUUUCUUUCCGCCCUGGGGGGUGAGGGGUUGGGCUGCAUGACCCUCAGUGGGGUCCCUCACAAGGUAGCAGGCUGCCCUUUGCUGGGUGCCCAUCAGGCUGUGGUUCCUGCGCACCGGGGUUGGGCUGGAUGGCCUUUGGGUGGCCCUCUCCCAACGCUGCAGUCCUGAUUCUCUCCCACCCACCCUUUUUUUUGCUGGCCAGGAGGAAGAGUACGACGAGGAGGACGAGGAGUUUGGGGAGGAUCUGGAGGAGGAAGAGGACGAGGAGUUUGACGAGGAGGAAGGCCUGACGGAGGAGGAAGAGGACGAGGAGGAAGGCCUGACAGAAGAGGAGGAGGAGGAGGAAGAAGAAGGGGAGGAGGAGGAGCAGAGGGUGCUGCCCUCACUGCCGCCCCCACUGCCGCCCCACCGGAGCGACGAGGAGCCGCCGGAGGUCUUGCCCAUCAAGGAGGAGCCCCCCAAGUUGGAGGAGGAGGAAGAGGAAGAAAACGAAGACGAAGAGGCAGCCGCCGGACUCCUGAUGGAGGUGGACGAGGAAGCCUUCCACCCCCCAGAGGAAAUGGCAGAGGAGGAAGAGGAAGGGGGCCGGCUGGAGCGGGACCCGGGGAAGGCAGAAGGCCAGGCGUCUCCUCUGCGGACGGCUGAAGGGCAGUCCCCCCUCCCCAGCGCGGCCCCCCUGCCCUCCGUGAAGCUGGAGGAGGAGCAGGGCGAGAAGCAGCCCCCCCAGGAGGAGCAGGAGGGCCCCGCGGCUGCAGCUGCCCCCCGGACCACGACUCCACAGGGGCAGGAGGAAGAGGAGGAGGAGGAAGUCGUGGUGCACGAAGGGGGCCGGAGGGAGCCAGGAGGGGCGGCCCCCGAGGCUGCAGCGCUGCAGGGAGAGGCGGAGAAGCAGGAGCCGCCGCCGGGCGAGGAGGUGGGCAUGAGGGGCAGGGCGGGAAGAGAGGUCACGGCACAUGUGGGGAAGAAUAUUCCCUCGUUAACUGAACUCUGUACGGUGCAUCUUCCACUCUGGGGCGAUAGUGGAGCUCAGGGUGUGACGUUGACGUUCCAAGGGGAAAGGAACCUGGGACGGCUCAGUCGGCAGAGCAGGAGACCCUUCAUCUCAGAGUCGUGGGGUCAAGCCCCACAUCGGGCAAAAGAAUCCUGCACUGCAGGGGGUGGGACUAGGUGCCCCCCAACUUCCCAGUUCUGUGACUCCAUUAUUCUAAGUAUGAAGGCAUUACAGGCAGAGAGUUUUGUUUUGUUUGGUAAAUUUGUAGACCCAUAGAUUUCAGGCCUUUCGCAGUGUAAAAUUACAAUCUAAUAAAUGCAAAAUGCAUAAUAAAAAUAAGAACAACGAUCCCUUGGGACCCCCUUCCAGAUACUCGCAGUUCUCUGGUUCUGUCCUCUGUCCCGGGUCUGAUCUCCUCCCCCCCACCCAAGAAAGGGCAAAAGAGGGAGUGAAUUUAUAUCAGUUUAGAGUUGGCUCUUCUCUCUCCAAAUUAAGCUGUUUGUUUGACUUCUACACGGUGCUGUUUUCUAUUUAUUGGUUUGUUUUGCUUCACAAAAUCUCUUUGCUGAUGGAUUGUAGAGGGAAAAGCCUCGAAGCCGGAAAGGUUUUCUCAGUGAAACCACAUAAAGAUUUUAUGAAGCAAAUAAGUAAACCUCAAAGUGGUUUGCAAAAGGAUGAUGAUGAUGAUAAAUUGUCAAUCAGAAAAGUUUGCAGCAACAACAUUAAGGCUUUUGAACAGCUAACACGGCAAAAACCCGAAAACAGAUCAGGAACUCGCAUGCACUUCGUAAUGUGGGUGGUUGUCUGAAAGCAGUUUACCUGUGAGAUCGCUUUGCCCCACCUGCUCCCACUUGGCCGGUUCAGCCGGCGCAUCUGGCCCUGCUGCAGGCGCCACACGACACCCGUUCUGCUUUUGUAAGAACUCUGGCAGCCCCUGCCCUUUGGAACUUGAGAUGAGGCAGGCGUCUUUGCUGUACUCUUUAUCAGCAACCGCCCAAACCCUUCUGGUUGGGGAAGCCCACCCAGAGAAGCCUUCGCUGGAGGAGGAUGCAACCAGGCCGCCGUGUUGUGGAAUAUUUUGACGGCGCCUUGUUUUUUAAGAGCACAAAUGGUCAUUAAGAACAAUCCAAAUAAUUCUGGCUACACUUUGGAUGGCGGAAAAAGUCCUCUGGGGCGGCAGAGAGUCUGGGGGGAGGGUGUGUCUAGGGCAGAUUCCUAAGUCUGGAGCUGGGAUGGUUUAUUGUGUGCGGGGGGGGGGGGAGGUGUUGUGUGUUCUGCAGUCUCCAACUUUGGAGGGAGCAGCGAGGGGUCUUGCAGUGGCAGCUGGGAACAAUGGUCAGACCCCACCUGGGUCCAGUUUUGGGCACCCCAGUUCCAGAAGGAUAUUGGUGAGAAGAUGGAAGGUGCGCAGAAGAGGGUGAGCAGGAUUUUGAAGGGUCUGGAAAACAAGCCUUGUUUACGAGGAAGAGCUGGGGGGAGAUGGAGAUAUUUAGCCUGGAAAAGAGGAGACGGGAGAACCGUCUGCCAGUAUCUGAAGGGUUGCCUCCAGGAGCAAGCUUGUUAUCUCCUGCUCUGGAGGGCAGGGUCUAAACCCAUGGUUUCAAACUCCAAGAAAGGAGAUACUCAACGUUUAGGCUUUCCUGAGGGUAAGAGCCCAUCUGUGGCAGAGCGACUCCCUCGGAAGGUUUUUUAAUAGGUUGGACGGCCGCCUGCCAGCGAUGCUUCAGCUUUGAUUCCUGCAUUUCGGGGGGGGGGGGGUUGGACUGGAAGCCUACAAUUCUGUGAUUCUCUAAGGCCUGCAUUCUGGGUUUGCUCUGUGUGUGUACGUCUUUUUUUAGAUUGAGUGCCGAAAUGCUGUCUUUUCCGCCAGUCUUCAAAACUUUGUUCGGCCGAGCGCCCUAAUAUAUUGACGCUUUUCGGGGGGAUACUUCCGGUGGGUGGUGGGGUGAGUUGUCAUGCCAACUACAAUGAAGUGACCCCACCUAAUUCUCUUCCCCUGCAGGGCACAGAAGUGGAUGAAACAGAAGCCAUGUUGGCGGACUUUGUGGACUGUCCCCCAGAUGAGGAGAAGGUGCCGUCCGAACCCAGUUCCUGAGGGAGCGCUGGAUCCGCCGUGGUCAACGGUGGUGGGCGAAUUGGGGGCUGAGAAGGGGGGCACUGUGAUCCCUGAAACAGACAUUCCCCACUCUGCGCAUCACUGCCUUCUGGACUUAGGAGCCUCCAUAUUCUAUUUUUUAUGUGUUUGUGUUUUGAGGGGAGGAAGGUUUUGGGUUUGUUUGUUGUUUUUUUAAUACAAAAGACAUUCAAUAAAAUUUCUUUAUACUGCA